AUGACAUCGUAUGUGCAGCAUGAUGGUGAUGGCGAUAGUGUUAAAAAUGCAGAAGUUGCAGAGGCUAUACUCAAUGAUAACAAUGAACUGUCUCAUAUUGAGCGAGAAAUAACUGUUUGUGAUACAUGUGGUGAUCAAGGAUAUGAAUAUUUACUUGUGAUCUGUUGCAACUGCGGAGUUGGUGCAGAACAUACUUAUUGCAUGAUGGAAAAAAUAGAUAAGGUUCCCGAUAGUUGGUCUUGCUAUGACUGCACUAAAGAGGUAGAUGAAAUGCGAGAAGAAAAAGGAAAUGAAGAAACCAGCUCUAGAAAAAGGAAAGCAGAUGCUGUUACUAAUUUUUUCGAGACAGCAGAAAAAACAUCAUCUCAAAGACAAUUUGAUUUGUUGAACACAGAAAGUUAUCCUAAAAUUAGAAAUUUUGAUUUGAACGUGGACCCUAACAUAAAACUAGGUGAAAUCUCUGGUAUAGAUAUGGACAAAGUACAUGACAUAGAUCUAAAUAGGGAUCCUAACAUAGAACUAGGUGAAGUCCCUGGUAUAGAUAUAAACAAAGUCAUGACAUAG